UGAAGCGUGCUCUCCGCGCAACUGAAGAAAGGCAUACUAUCAUAUAAUCUGCUUGGAAAUCAUCACUUUGUCUCUCCGAAUACCAAUUGUGACUUUUGGGCAAUCUUUUGUCUUGCACUCCGGACCUUUUUUGCAUUGAUAUACGCCCCGAAGCUCGUACAAAUGUCUCUUGAAGACGCGUGGGUUGCUGCGGCCGCGAACCCUUUCUAUCCACUUGUUUCGAAGGAUAAUCAGUUCUUCGUUGCAUCUACCCUUUUAUUGGCAGCUCUUGUUCUCACCGGGCUUUUCGGCUUAAAUCGAUCUCUUCUGAGUAUCCCCCUAUACGGUGUGCCUGCUUCGCUCGCGUUUGGGUUCGGGGCUGUCUUCAUGAUUUGCGCAGUCGGGGUUUACGUAUAAGCCUACUCGCCGUUUCCCUUCAUAUUUGGCUUGAUAACAAAUCCGGGUCGCGAUCGCGUAUAGGACGCGUUCGAUUUCCUCUUCCUUUUCGCAAAGAAACGGCUGGUCCCUCUCUCCUUGCGUAUUUAACGAUUUAGCUUUCACCGCAAUGGACACCAAUGACGCACCAAUCUUUUCUGCCGUUUCCAAUUUCACCCAUCAUCUCUACCUUAUAGUACGAUGCAUUGGCUUUGCCUCGAAAGCCGCAAUUCAAAUCACCCCACAAGGCAUACGCUUCUCUGCCGAAGAUGGGAGGGUCAUGCAAGGUCUCGCGUUUCUGGAUAAAACGCUGUUCGCCAAUUAUGUUUUUAAUCCUGUACCUAGCGACAAUGGUGUGGCUACCGAUACAGACCUUGUCGAGGAGGAAUUAGAUACUGCAGCAUAUCCACGAUUUCUAAUUUCG